UCUCUCGCGGUACGAACAAAUAGCUUCGGUGCUUUUGUUAUUUAUUUGCUGGUUAGAAUUUGCGAGUUCUGUAAUCUCAUUUGUUCUCCUAGAAAUUAAAUUUGGGUUUGAGAAGUAAGUGAUUGAAUUUAGACUCUGGGUUUUGGGUUUAAGCUAAAAGAAGCGAUUUUAUGUGUUACCCUUUGAUUUCUUCUUCUUCUUCUCUCCGUCUCCAAAUAGAAGCGACUGUGCAGUUCUUGGCGGCUGUGGCAAAAUGGGGGAAGGGGGAAAUGCAGUUCAAGAUUCAGCAGUCCAAACGACAUCGUUGGAGAACAUUGAGGCCUUGCUGGAGGCUGCUAGAUAUGAUGACAUGGAUGAUACUGUAAGCUUAGCAUCUGCUGGUGUUUCUCUCGAUUCUAAGGAUUCUCAGGGCCGAACAG